ACCCAGAAAGCGCCAUGGCUGCCGCCGGUCAGGCAGAUGAGUAUUCACAGCCGGCGGCAGCCCCAUCCAAGUCAUCCUCGCCUUUACCGUCAGCUGUUUCCGUCCGAAAGAAGCCUAAGAAAUGUAUGAUGUAUCCGCAUCCCCCGAGGAGCUCCCGCCUGUCUCGCACCGUCCUGCGCUGGCUCCAGGAGCUGGAUCUCAGCUUUUUCCCUAGGAACAUCACCAGAGAUUUUUCAAAUGGCUACCUAGUUGCAGAGAUACUCUGUAUAUAUUACCCGUGGCACCUUAGGUUAUCAUCCUUUGAGAAUGGAACCUCCUUAAGAGUCAAGUUGGAUAACUGGGCCCAGAUAGAGAAGUUUCUAGCAAAAAGAAAUUUAAAACUACCUAAAGAACUAAUCCAUGGAACAAUUCACUGUAAACCUGGGGUGCCGGAAAUACUGAUUCAAGAGGUUUACACUUUACUCACACAUCGAGAAAUUAGAAGCAUCCAGGAAGACUACCCCAAUUUCACAGACUAUAGUUACCAAAUGCGUUUGCCGCUCGUUCCCAGGUCUACCCUUUCAAAGUCUAUUAAAGAUAACAUUAGGUUAUCGGAAUUACUAAGCAAUCCUAAUAUGCUCAGCAAUGAACUCAAGAUAGAAUUCCUCUUCCUUUUACAAAUGUUGCAAAGAAAACUGAGUCGAAAACUGAACCCAGGUAAGCCUUCCCUGCCGACAGGGUGGUUCAACAUCAAACCAACAGUGGGGGAAAUUACAAUUGACCAUCUUCCUGUGCAAGGCUCUGGGCGCAGGCAUAAGUCAAAGAUUUCAAAAGAAAAAGUUGUGUCUUCUUUAUCAAAAUCAAGCAAUGAUGAGAACCAACAUAGAGAAAUUCAAGUGAAGCAAAGUGGAAAACCUUCUUGUGAGUCUGUUACAAAAGCUAUUAGAACUCCGGACGAAACAAAGGAGGACGAGUGUGAAGCGGCUUCGAAGAAGCAAUGUCACUAA